CGACAUCCAGAGCAUUUUAUUGCCGCGGCGUCGAAAACGCAUUUGCGCCAUGUACAUGACUUGGUCGUUAUCUGCUCUGAAGGAUUCAUCUGACGGACCCCCGCUUGGUGGGCAAAGGCACAGACAAUUCGACUGCUGCCCCUUACCUCGCCUAAUCGGGUUUCAGUGUCCGGAGUCAGAUUUGGAGACUCAGCCAUGGUUCUAACAGAAACACUUUUGACCAGUCCGUCUUUCCCGAUAACGGCUUGCAUUGCGACUUUCGUUGGGCCACCCGUUGAGGAUGAAACUCGAAUCCUACCCGUUAACGAAGCAGAGCCGUUUCUGCCGAUCCGCGCGCGACGUGUCCUACCUCUCACCGCCGCUACGGUUCGCUGUUUGCCACCGCCUCCAACAAGUCCAGUCGAUAGAUAUUUACUCGACCCUUCGUCGCCAAAACUCGAACCGACACUCGUCCCACCUCCGUUAUCACCCGGCACUGCAGCUGUUUCGGUCAGUGAUGCACCUUCCGGCUGGUCACAAGUUUCUCCAUACUAUAAUACUGAGGCGGAUAGCAGUCCCGGCUCCCGAUUCUCGUGGACUCGUCGCAUUCCUCGACGAGGCGAACCUGAAGGACCUCCGCCUUCAGAUCCAAGUUCUGGUGCGCCGAACGAGUCCGCAGCUGAACUUGUUGCUGCACUGCAAGGGACGGUCCAGAGUGUUGGAAAAGGAGUUAACGACAACCCUGCUGUUGCUAUUGCUCACCCUUCUGCCCCGUCGUACCCGGCUACAUUCACGACGCAAGACAUCCCUCAAAAUGAUGGUGCCGAGGAUGGAGACAAGGAUGUGUUCUUCGACGCCCAUAACUCGGCAGAAGGCCUUGAUAGAGCGCAAUUGCAUUCUUUAAUUGUCGAUGCUUUCUCUAGUUUCACUACAACAGCCGAUGCCCUAGGGCCUGGGUUGCCAUUGCAACUUAUUUCCGAUGCAAAAGAAGAUGCCUUUCAUGAUGUCAAGAGAGACGAUAGUCCUUUACACGAGACCUCUGCUCCUGUGCACAGCUCCGUGCCCCAAGGGACUGGAGCAACAAGAAAUAGCUGCACCUUGCCCGAGGCCUCUGCACCUGCAGAACGGUUGCUGCCUUCGGAAACCGAGGACGAAUGUCCAACGCCAUCACAAACGAGUUUCGACUCUGCCACUAGUGUGCCCCGACCGGAUAAACGCGGGGUCUCGCUUUCUCGUUCGAGAUCGUAUGUUGUUGUUACAAACAGCCUCUCCGCGGCGCGGCAGGUCGACACCCUUGCCAAAGAAGGGAUCGUUGUCGAUGACGUUUUCCGACAACACACCGAGAUGUACGAUUUGAAUAAAGUCCGACGACUUUUCGGAGAAGGAAGCGAUUGCAAGCAACCUUCGCGCGAGCGUCGGUACCUUGUUCUUUGGGUUUUUGGGGACGCGGAUACGAAGGAUUUCCCUUUAAAAGCCGCGAGAGCGCUCCGAGAAUUUGACCACGACCUUUUCAUUGUGGCAAAGGGUGCUCAACCGACGCUCGACAGGUGGUUCGAAACAACCGAUCGUGUUUUGCCUGUCACCGUGAUCCCUACGCCUGAAGAUACUCGCAGCGAUUCAAAGGGACGUCGAAUUUGGGCUACUGCCCUUGCUUCCUCCGGACCUACGGAGCUCUAUUGGACAGAAGCAACAGGAAUCCGUCUUCCGAUAUCGGCUCUUGCCACCGUGCAACGGAACGCUCUUGCGGUCGGGAUACCGAAGAACGGCGUUACCGUCCUAGGGGGAACUCUUAAUCGACCGUAUGGCACUUCCGAUUACUCGGUGAGAGUUUUGCCGCAAGAAGGGACUUUGAUCCUUAAAGUCGAAGGAGGCAUCUCGGAAACCGACCUACGCUUCGCGUUUCCUGGCCUUGACCCUUCGGUUUGGACCUGCAUCACGGCGGCGCCGCACUAUAGCACAGCCUCCCCUCAUGAAGAUUCGCGUGCUGCAUAUCGAGAACACCUCCUCCGGUGUAUGCACUACAAGUCGUCGUCCAUUCAAAACGAAAUCAGACAAUUGCACCGACGAGUUCGCGAAAAAGAACGGGUUGCCGUGUCAGAUGCGAACUGCAGUCUGCAUGCCUUUUGGACGUUCCUUUGCCUGCUCUGGCACCUUGUAGGCGGUCUUUUGUUUGCAACUGCCCGUUGCGAUUACUUAGAGAUGCUCUCCUCUGUCAUUUCGUUUUGCGCUGCAACAUCAGUCGUUGCCAAAGAUUUGCACUGAAAAACCCGGAUACGUCGGUUGCAGGAGUGCCUCCACGCUUCCGUGUACCGCGUUGGAGACGUUCCUCAUGAAUUGCGCACUAAGAUCGGACUGCAUAAGCAAACCCAGCUCGCGCAAAAUCCAUUUGGAAAAACGGCGGACUUCGCGACGGAUCCACUUUGCAAUCGAGUGUGGCUCAGCGUACCUUGCGGCCCGAAGAAAGACCAAGUAGUAGUGACGUUGGCUUUGCUUGACAGUGGGUGCUUCGUGUCACUCUACUUGCUUGGACACUGUCUGGCCUCGGCAUAUUUCCUCGCGGCGUAUGGGGUGCCGUUUGUCACAAUUGCGGGUAUUCACGAGCUCGUGAAUUUGGGAGCACCAGACAGGCCCCUCCGGGAGAUCCUCCGUUACGUUUACACUGUCGUGCAUUUUGGCGGAUGGACGAUCGCGCAGAAGGGCUAUACGUGGUGGAAACUUGGAGGUGGCAGUCCGCGAGUCAGUGUGGCGCAGGGUGCAGCUCCGGGAGCGGGGCGGACCCUCAAAUCUGGAUGGGAUUUCGCGCAAAUGAACAAGGAUGGCCUUCCAAUUUGCCACCCUGCGAAGGCUCCAGAGAUGCAGGCGCGGGGGUUUGGGGCCAUGGUUGUUAGUUGGCUCUACCCUACGGAUUCAUACAUCAUCGGCCACCAAACCAUGGCUCGAGUUGGAUACAGUCUUCCACCGUCUGGACCUGGAGAAACCCUUGGUGCAUACCUUUUCACCCGCAUGUACCACGAAGCCACUGGACAAAUUGCUCCAUUGCUGGUCCCGCGGGCCCCAACAACCUCUCGCAAUAUCAAUUACUACGAGAUGUUCUGCCGACAAAAGGGCGUUGACGCGAAGGAUCGGAAAGCAGCAAGAGGAAAAAUCGAAGAAAUGACCAAAGUCAUCUCGCCGCCACAAACAGUCCAGAACUUCCAUCGACUUGUUGCCGACGUUGAAGUUGCUGCACAACUCUCGACGUCACCUCUGACUGACGGUGCUGCAGUUCCGGCGUCAAAGGAGCCUGCUGAAGCGAGCUCUCACACUCGUGCUUUCGGCCCCGCAGAAGAGAUUCUUCCAUGUCUUGUUUCAGUUUUCGGGCAAUAUGUUGCUACCGACUUGCCGGAAGUCGAUGUCGCUAACCUUUGCAGAGCGACGUCCCUCCCUUCUCCACAUCUCGAAGUAGGAGCACAUUCUGCGUACGCAGCAUCUGUCGCCGAGUAUGCAUCUGCCGUUACCCGUGAUUUCGACGACGAGGAAGAAACACCCUUCUUUUCUGACAACGAUUUUUCGGACGAUAGCGAUGAGGAUGCGGAGUCACAAGCUUACCGUGCCGCCCUUGACACGAGUUCGCAACCGGGCAUAGACGAUCCAUUACGGCGACUUAUGUCGGACCAACAAAUCAGAUCUUGCAAUGAGUGGGUGCGCGACGCCGAACACACCCGCCGACUCCGUGCCACCUGGAAACCUCGUCUGCUUGCCGGCAGUGGAUGGACAAUGGUCGUCCUGAUUUUUUUGUUGAUUUUUUCGAUGGCCGUCGGGUUGGUCGAAUCACUAAGGCGCCCUCCGUCCUUCGUUUCGAACGCGGACCGACGCGAUGAAUCGACGAAGACUAACCUUGAGCCGAAAAUCCUCGGGUUGUGGGAAAACGACGCUCGGACCUCUGCACAAAUCGCUUCGUCGAUGCUGCGGUCCGACCGCACUGAAGGAGCCGUGCAGCAGGAUGCCGCAAAAGGCUACUUUCAAUGGCUCUUGUCGAGCCGUCUUCAGAGGUUUAUGCCUUGGGUUUUUAAUGUAACCCUUGCACGCCCGUUGCGAAUGUUCUUGGGAUGGAUGCCCUCUCCGCAAAUUUUCUGUGCAGGGACCCAGACAUUCUUCGGUCGCCUCCAAGAUCCCGGGUUGACAACCGACGAGAUCUGCGAUAUCUUUGGGCAGGUGGACCCUUCGCUCGUAGACGAUCCUGCCGUACUCACGCGGUUGUCAGACUUGGUUUCGGCUCACGCCCGCGGGGAAAACAGUACCCCGUUGUCGGUGCUACAUGACGGUGAAAGUUCGUUCCUCACGGACAGUGAUCCGGUUUUCGUUGUCCGCCAAUAUCGGCGAGCAGGACACCCGGACCUUGCACCCGUUUUACCGCCCGCUGGUGAUGUUCCUGACUUGCAGCCCGGCCUCUCUGAUUCCGAGGACGAAAAUAUUUCUGGUAGCGUUCGGGUCGAUGGACACAUCCCGGUUUCCCCGUUAUUGGAAAUCAGCCCGUCGGGGGAUCCUAGUUCUGACUUCUUACCCACCGACGCCGGUUCGGAAACGACGGAAAAGGAACAAAGUUCAAGCUCGGCCCCGUGUGCCUCACAGAACCGAGCGGUACAUCAUACCAAAAGGGCCAGGGCGUCCCAACGGGAGGCAGCUGAGAAAAGGGUCAAGUUCCUCAACAUGA